AUGUGCAAUCUGGGUCUUCAGCAGUCAGUCUGCAAAGAGCCAGCCCAGAGCAAGAUAAGAAAAAACUUGCCACCUGAGAUGCAAAGGUUACUAGACAAAGGAAAACUGCGUAUAGUAAUCAACAAUCUUAGAAGUGGCAGUAUAUUUGUGGACUUUAUGAUUGCUUUGGAUGUAGGAGAAAAUUUAACAAAAACAGAGCUCACAUCUGCUUUUACAGAGGCCUUUAACAACAGUACAGUAUUUCAAAUGGACCCUAACAGUACACUUAUAGAAGAAACGAAUAGUUGUGAGACGGGAUUAAAUGGUUGUUCUGAACAUGCCACAUGCAACAUUAGCGGGCCAUCUUAUACCUGUCAGUGUCAGGCUGGAUUCACAGACUUCAGUCCCAAUGUACCUGGGAGAGAUUGCCGAGUAGAACCAACUGGAGAGUCAGUGACAAUUGCACCAUCAAGACAGCCAUCUACAUCAAAGCCAUCUGUUGAAAGCAUUAGCCCCACGCAAGAAUCUGAAACUGCACCUGCAACUUCUAUAAACACGACAGUUCCGUUACCAGUGCUGAGUCCACAAUCUACAUCACUCAUAUAUCCAACCACAGUAGAUUUAACAAAUUUAAUUACUUCCUUAAUAACUACUACACUUCAACCUACAAUUGAAGUCACUUCAACGAAUACUGUGAGUAAAGUGCCCACAAGUAACAUAACACUUAUCAGUCCUACUGGCAAUACUAUAAUUACAGGUACUGAAAUAGGUAAAAGUACUCCCACAGAAAAAACAACGCCAAUAUAUACAGACACAAUAGCAACUACAGAGACACAUUUUUCAACACUCGCCAUCACUGAAACACGUGUAACUUUGCCAGUAUCUUCAUCAGUAGCUACAAAAUCCACAAAUACAUAUUCUGUAAAUAAUACAUCACUGGAAACUACCCCCUUAGGAACAAUUGCAACGCAGUCGACUGCAGCUCCCGUGUCUAAUGAAGUGCUAACAAAUGGCACUUCUAGGCCUUCUCCUACUAUGGACACUAAUGAUAUAUCUACAGCCCCUUCCACAAUUACUAGUGUGGACACCACAAAAACACCUUCUCCUGUUUCCACCAUACCAAUAUCCUUAUCGUCUACAGCUUCUUCUACAGAGAGAAUUUCUACAGGUUCAUCAGGUACAUCAUCUACUGAUAAUUCCAGAGCAACUCUUACUACCCCCUUAGGAACAAUUGCGACGCAGUCGACUGCAGCUCCCGUGUCUAAUGAAGUGCUAACAAACGGCACUUCUAGGCCUUCUCCUACUAUGGACACUAAUGAUAUAUCUACAGCCCCUUCCACAAUUACUAGUGUGGACACCACAAAAACAUCUUCUCCUGUUUCUAGCACACCAAUAUCCUUAUCGUCUACAGCUUCUUCCACAGAGAGAAUUUCUACAGAGUCAUCAAAUACAUCAUCUACUGAUACUUCUGGAAGAACUCUGACUACCACCUUAGGAACAAUUGCGACGCAGUCGACUGCAGCUCCCGUGUCUAAUGAAGUGCUAACAAAUGGCACUUCUAGGCCUUCUCCCACUACAGGCACUAAUGACAUAUCUACAGCCCCUUCCACAAUUACUAGUGUGGACACCACAAUAACACCUUCAUCUGUUUCCACCACACCAAUAUCCUUAUCGUCUACAGCUUAUUUCACAGAGAGAAUUUCUACAGGUUCAUCAGGUACAUCAUCUACUAAUAUGACCAAAGCAACUCUGACUACUCCCUUAGGAACAAUUGCGACGCAGUCCACUGCAGCUCCCGUGUCUAAUGAAGUGCUAACAAAUGGCACCUCCAGGCCUUCUGCUACUACGGACACUAAUGACAUAUCUAUGGCCCCUUCCACAAUUACUAGUGUGGACACCACAAAAACACCGUCUCCUGCUUCCAGCACACCACUAUCUUUAUCGUCUACAGCUUCUUCUACAGAGAGAAAUUCUACAGGUUCAUCAGGUACAUCAUCUACUGAUAUGACCAGAGCAACUCUGACUACCCCCUUAGGAACAACUGCGACGCAGUCCACUGCAGCUCCCGUGUCUAAUGAAGUGCUAACAAAUGGCACCUCUAGGCCGCCUGCUACUACGGACGCUAAUGAGAUAUCUACAGCCCCUUCCACAAUUACUAGUGUGGACACCACAAAAACACCUUCUCCUGUUUCCACCACACCAAUAUCCUUAUCGUCUACAGCUUCUUCUACAGAGAGAAUUUCUACAGGUUCAUCAGGUACAUCAUCUACUGAUACUUCCAGAGCAACUCUUACUACCCCCUUAGGAACAAUUGCGACGCAGUCCACUGCAGCUCCCGUGUCUAAUGAAGUGCUAACAAACGGCACUUCUAAGCCUUCUCCUACUAUGGACACUAAUGAUAUAUCUACAGCCCCUUCCACAAUUACUAGUGUGGACACCACAAAAACACCUUCAUCUGUUUCUAGCACACCAAUAUCCUUAUCGUCUACAGCUUCUUCCACAGAGAGAAUUUCUACAGGUUCAUCAGGUACAUCAUCUACUGAUAUGACCAGAGCAACUCUGACUACCCCCUUAGGAAUAAUUGCGACGCAGUCCACUGCAGCUCUCAUGUCUAAUGAAGUGCCUACAAAUGGCACCUCAAGGCCUUCUGCUACUACGGACACCAAUGACAUAUCUACAGCCCCUUCCACAAUUACUAGUGUGGACACCACAAUAACACCUUCAUCUGUUUCCACCACACCAAUAUCCUUAUCGCCUACAGCUUAUUUCACAGAGAGAAUUUCUACAGGUUCAUCAGGUACAUCAUCUACUGAUAUGACCAGAGCAACUCUGACUACCCCCUUAGGAACAAUUGCGACGCAGUCCACUGCAACUCCCGUGUCUAAUGAAGUGCUAACAAAUGGCACCUCCAGGCCUUCUGCUACUACGGACACUAAUGACAUAUCUAUAGCCCCUUCCACAAUUACUAGUGUGGACACCACAAAAACAUUGUUUCCUGCUUCCAGCACACCACUAUCCUUAUCGUCUACAGCUUCUUCUACAGAGAGAAUUUCUACAGGUUCAUCAGGUACAUCAUCUACUGAUAUGACCAGAGCAACUCUGACUACCCCCUUAGGAACAACUGCGACGCAGUCCACUGCAGCUCCCGUGUCUAAUGAAGUGCUAACAAAUGGCACCUCUAGGCCGCCUGCUACUACGGACGCUAAUGAGAUAUCUACAGCCCCUUCCACAAUUACUAGUGUGGACACCACAAAAACACCUUCUCCUGUUUCCACCACACCAAUAUCCUUAUCGUCUACAGCUUCUUCUACAGAGAGAAUUUCUACAGGUUCAUCAGGUACAUCAUCUACUGAUACUUCCAGAGCAACUCUUACUACCCCCUUAGGAACAAUUGCGACGCAGUCCACUGCAGCUCCCGUGUCUAAUGAAGUGCUAACAAACGGCACUUCUAGGCCUUCUCCUACUAUGGACACUAAUGAUAUAUCUACAGCCCCUUCCACAAUUACUAGUGUGGACACCACAAAAACACCUUCAUCUGUUUCUAGCACACCAAUAUCCUUAUCGUCUACAGCUUCUUCCACAGAGAGAAUUUCUACAGGUUCAUCAGGUACAUCAUCUACUGAUAUGAGCAGAGCAACUCUGACUACCCCCUUAGGAACAAUUGCGACGCAGUCCACUGCAGCUCCCAUGUCUAAUGAAGUGCCUACAAAUGGCACCUCCAGGUCUUCUGCUACUACGGACACCAAUGACAUAUCUACAGCCCCUUCCACAAUUACUAGUGUGGACACCACAAUAACACCUUCAUCUGUUUCCACCACACCAAUAUCCUUAUCGCCUACAGCAUCUUUCACAGAGAGAAUUUCUACAGGUUCAUCAGGUACAUCAUCUACUGAUAUGACCAGAGCAACUCUGACUACCCCCUUAGGAACAAUUGCGACGCAGUCCACUGCAGCUCCCGUGUCUAAUGAAGUGCUAACAAAUGGCACCUCCAGGCCUUCUGCUACUACGGACACUAAUGACAUAUCUAUGGCCCCUUCCACAAUUACUAGUGUGGACACCACAAAAACACCGUCUCCUGCUUCCAGCACACCACUAUCCUUAUCGUCUACAGCUUCUUCUACAGAGAGAAUUUCUACAGGUUCAUCAGGUACAUCAUCUACUGAUAUGACCAGAGCAACUCUGACUACCCCCUUAGGAACAACUGCGACGCAGUCCACUGCAGCUCCUGUGUCUAAUGAAGUGCUAACAAAUGGCACCUCUAGGCCGCCUGCUACUACGGACGCUAAUGAGAUAUCUACAGCCCCUUCCACAAUUACUAGUGUGGACACCACAAAAACACCUUCUCCUGUUUCCACCACACCAAUAUCCUUAUCGUCUACAGCUUCUUCUACAGAGAGAAUUUCUACAGGUUCAUCAGGUACAUCAUCUACUGAUACUUCCAGAGCAACUCUUACUACCCCCUUAGGAACAAUUGCGACGCAGUCCACUGCAGCUCCCGUGUCUAAUGAAGUGCUAACAAACGGCACUUCUAGGCCUUCUCCUACUAUGGACACUAAUGAUAUAUCUACAGCCCCUUCCACAAUUACUAGUGUGGAGACCACAAAAACACCUUCUCCUGUUUCUAGCACACCAAUAUCCUUAUCAUCUACAGCUUCUUCCACAGAGAGAAUUUCUACAGGUUCAUCAGGUACAUCAUUUACUGAUAUGAGCAGAGCAACUCUGACUACCCCCUUAGGAACAAUUGCGACGCAGUCCACUGCAGCUCCCAUGUCUAAUGAAGUGCCUACAAAUGGCACCUCCAGGCCUUCUGCUACUACGGACACCAAUGACAUAUCUACAGCCCCUUCCACAAUUACUAGUGUGGACACCACAAUAACACCUUCAUCUGUUUCCACCACACCAAUAUCCUUAUCGCCUACAGCUUCUUUCACAGAGAGAAUUUCUACAGGUUCAUCAGGUACAUCAUCUACUGAUAUGACCAGAGCAACUCUGACUACCCCCUUAGGAACAAUUGCGACGCAGUCCACUGCAGCUCCCGUGUCUAAUGAAGUGCUAACAAAUGGCACCUCCAGGCCUUCUGCUACUACGGACACUAAUGACAUAUCUAUGGCCCCUUCCACAAUUACUAGUGUGGACACCACAAAAACACCGUCUCCUGCUUCCAGCACACCACUAUCCUUAUCGUCUACAGCUUCUUCUACAGAGAGAAUUUCUACAGGUUCAUCAGGUACAUCAUCUACUGAUAUGACCAGAGCAACUCUGACUACCCCCUUAGGAACAACUGCGACGCAGUCCACUGCAGCUCCUGUGUCUAAUGAAGUGCUAACAAAUGGCACCUCUAGGCCGCCUGCUACUACGGACGCUAAUGAGAUAUCUACAGCCCCUUCCACAAUUACUAGUGUGGACACCACAAAAACACCUUCUCCUGUUUCCACCACACCAAUAUCCUUAUCGUCUACAGCUUCUUCUACAGAGAGAAUUUCUACAGGUUCAUCAGGUACAUCAUCUACUGAUACUUCCAGAGCAACUCUUACUACCCCCUUAGGAACAAUUGCGACGCAGUCCACUGCAGCUCCCGUGUCUAAUGAAGUGCUAACAAACGGCACUUCUAGGCCUUCUCCUACUAUGGACACUAAUGAUAUAUCUGCAGCCCCUUCCACAAUUACUAGUGUGGAGACCACAAAAACACCUUCUCCUGUUUCUAGCACACCAAUAUCCUUAUCGUCUACAGCUUCUUCCACAGAGAGAAUUUCUACAGGUUCAUCAGGUACAUCAUCUACUGAUAUGACCAGAGCAACUCUGACUACCCCCUUAGGAACAAUUGCGACGCAGUCCACUGCAGCUCCCAUGUCUAAUGAAGUGCCUACAAAUGGCACCUCCAGGCCUUCUGCUACUACGGACACCAAUGACAUAUCUACAGCCCCUUCCACAAUUACUAGUGUGGACACCACAAUAACACCUUCAUCUGUUUCCACCACACCAAUAUCCUUAUCGCCUACAGCUUCUUUCACAGAGAGAAUUUCUACAGGUUCAUCAGGUACAUCAUCUACUGAUAUGACCAGAGCAACUCUGACUACCCCCUUAGGAACAAUUGCGACGCAGUCCACUGCAGCUCCCGUGUCUAAUGAAGUGCUAACAAAUGGCACCUCCAGGCCUUCUGCUACUACGGACACUAAUGACAUAUCUAUGGCCCCUUCCACAAUUACUAGUGUGGACACCACAAAAACACCGUCUCCUGCUUCCAGCACACCACUAUCCUUAUCGUCUACAGCUUCUUCUACAGAGAGAAUUUCUACAGGUUCAUCAGGUACAUCAUCUACUGAUAUGACCAGAGCAACUCUGACUACCCCCUUAGGAACAACUGCGACGCAGUCCACUGCAGCUCCUGUGUCUAAUGAAGUGCUAACAAAUGGCACCUCUAGGCCGCCUGCUACUACAGACGCUAAUGAGAAAUCUACAGCCCCUUCCACAAUUACUAGUGUAGACACCACAAAAACACCAUCUCCUGCUUCCAGCACACCACUAUCCUUAUCGUCUACAGCUUCUUCCACAGAGAGAAUUUCUACAAAUACAUCAUCUACUGAUACUUCCAGAGCAACUCUGACUGCCCCCUUAGGAACAAUUGCGACACAGUCCACUGCAGCUCCCAUGUCUAAUGAAGUGCUAACAAAUGGCACCUCCAGGCCUUCUGCUACUACGGACACUAAUGAUAUAUCUAAAGCCCCUUCCACAAUUACUAGUGUGGACACCACAAAAACACCUUCUCCUGUUUCUAGCACAAUAAUUUCUGCUAGUCCUACAAAGACAUCAUUAACUAGCAAAUCCACAGUUAUUGUUGCUACAAUUGUAACAGCAGGAGAUACUUCCUUGAAGAAUACAAACCCCACAGUUAGAAUUACAGCACCUGAAGCUGGCACUGUUUCAGCUACCACAAAAAGUACAUUACCACAAGGAACUUGCACUUCACUUAUUUUUUCCAUACAACUUGAGAAAGUAACCAGUGAAGUGAUACAGUUGAAUUGGACACCUCAAGGUGGGACAAGAGAUAGCCCUUACACUGUAUAUCUGCUGGGGGAUAACACAGUGAGGAAUAAGAGCACUACGAAUGAAACAUGGAUAGCAUUUGGAGAUCUGGUUCCUGGUUAUGAAUAUAUAAUAUCUGUGGAAGUUUUAACUUGUGCUAAGAAGAUCAAUACUUCAAGGAGAGUUCGCACAGAAGCUAAAACAUUUGAUGGAAAAACCAGGAUUACAAAUGAAGAAUUCAAACCUGAGUAUAACAACAAAUCAAGUGAAGAAUUUAAGGAUUUUGAAAAGAAGUUCAUUGCGGAGAUAAGAAAAAACUUGCCACCUGAGAUGCAAAGGUUACUAGACAAAGGAAAACUGCGUAUAGUAAUCAACAAUCUUAGAAGUGGCAGUAUAUUUGUGGACUUUAUGAUUGCUUUGGAUGUAGGAGAAAAUUUAACAAAAACAGAGCUCACAUCUGCUUUUACAGAGGCCUUUAACAACAGUACAGUAUUUCAAAUGGACCCUAACAGUACACUUAUAGAAGAAACGAAUAGUUGUGAGACGGGAUUAAAUGGUUGUUCUGAACAUGCCACAUGCAACAUUAGCGGGCCAUCUUAUACCUGUCAGUGUCAGGCUGGAUUCACAGACUUCAGUCCCAAGGCACCUGGGAGAGAUUGCCGAGUAGAACCAACUGGAGAGCCAGUGACAAUUGCACCAUCAAGACAGCCAUCUACAUCAAAGCCAUCUGUUGAAAGCAUUAGCCCCACGCAAGAAUCUGAAACUGCACCUGCAACUUCUAUAAACACGACAGUUCCGUUACCAGUGCUGAGUCCACAAUCUACAUCACUCAUAUAUCCAACCACAGUAAAUUUAACAAAUUUAAUUACUUCCUUAAUAACUACUACACUUCAACCUACAAUUGAAGUCACUUCAACGAAUACUGUGAGUAAAGUGCCCACAAGUAACAUAACACUUAUCAGUCCUACUGGCAAUACUAUAAUUACAGGUACUGAAAUAGGUAAAAGUACUCCCACAGAAAAAACAACGCCAAUAUAUACAGACACAAUAGCAACUACAGAGACACAUUUUUCAACACUCGCCAUCACUGAAACACGUGUAACUUUGCCAGUAUCUUCAUCAGUAGCUACAAAAUCCACAAAUACAUAUUCUGUAAAUAAUACAUCACUGGAAACUACCCCCUUAGGAACAAUUGCAACGCAGUCGACUGCAGCUCCCGUGUCUAAUGAAGUGCUAACAAAUGGCACUUCUAGGCCUUCUCCUACUAUGGACACUAAUGAUAUAUCUACAGCCCCUUCCACAAUUACUAGUGUGGACACCACAAAAACACCUUCUCCUGUUUCCACCAUACCAAUAUCCUUAUCGUCUACAGCUUCUUCUACAGAGAGAAUUUCUACAGGUUCAUCAGGUACAUCAUCUACUGAUAAUUCCAGAGCAACUCUUACUACCCCCUUAGGAACAAUUGCGACGCAGUCGACUGCAGCUCCCGUGUCUAAUGAAGUGCUAACAAACGGCACUUCUAGGCCUUCUCCUACUAUGGACACUAAUGAUAUAUCUACAGCCCCUUCCACAAUUACUAGUGUGGACACCACAAAAACAUCUUCUCCUGUUUCUAGCACACCAAUAUCCUUAUCGUCUACAGCUUCUUCCACAGAGAGAAUUUCUACAGAGUCAUCAAAUACAUCAUCUACUGAUACUUCUGGAAGAACUCUGACUACCACCUUAGGAACAAUUGCGACGCAGUCGACUGCAGCUCCCGUGUCUAAUGAAGUGCUAACAAAUGGCACUUCUAGGCCUUCUCCCACUACAGGCACUAAUGACAUAUCUACAGCCCCUUUCACAAUUACUAGUGUGGACACCACAAUAACACCUUCAUCUGUUUCCACCACACCAAUAUCCUUAUCGUCUACAGCUUAUUUCACAGAGAGAAUUUCUACAGGUUCAUCAGGUACAUCAUCUACUAAUAUGACCAAAGCAACUCUGACUACCCCCUUAGGAACAAUUGCGACGCAGUCCACUGCAGCUCCCGUGUCUAAUGAAGUGCUAACAAAUGGCACCUCCAGGCCUUCUGCUACUACGGACACUAAUGACAUAUCUACAGCCCCUUCCACAAUUACUAGUGUGGACACCACAAAAACACUGUCUCCUGCUUCCAGCACACCACUAUCUUUAUCGUCUACAGCUUCUUCUACAGAGAGAAAUUCUACAGGUUCAUCAGGUACAUCAUCUACUGAUAUGACCAGAGCAACUCUGACUACCCCCUUAGGAACAACUGCGACGCAGUCCACUGCAGCUCCCGUGUCUAAUGAAGUGCUAACAAAUGGCACCUCUAGGCCGCCUGCUACUACGGACGCUAAUGAGAUAUCUACAGCCCCUUCCACAAUUACUAGUGUGGACACCACAAAAACACCUUCUCCUGUUUCCACCACACCAAUAUCCUUAUCGUCUACAGCUUCUUCUACAGAGAGAAUUUCUACAGGUUCAUCAGGUACAUCAUCUACUGAUACUUCCAGAGCAACUCUUACUACCCCCUUAGGAACAAUUGCGACGCAGUCCACUGCAGCUCCCGUGUCUAAUGAAGUGCUAACAAACGGCACUUCUAGGCCUUCUCCUACUAUGGACACUAAUGAUAUAUCUACAGCCCCUUCCACAAUUACUAGUGUGGACACCACAAAAACACCUUCAUCUGUUUCUAGCACACCAAUAUCCUUAUCGUCUACAGCUUCUUCCACAGAGAGAAUUUCUACAGGUUCAUCAGGUACAUCAUCUACUGAUAUGACCAGAGCAACUCUGACUACCCCCUUAGGAACAAUUGCGACGCAGUCCACUUCAGCUCUCAUGUCUAAUGAAGUGCCUACAAAUGGCACCUCCAGGCCUUCUGCUACUACGGACACCAAUGACAUAUCUACAGCCCCUUCCACAAUUACUAGUGUGGACACCACAAUAACACCUUCAUCUGUUUCCACCACACCAAUAUCCUUAUCGCCUACAGCUUCUUUCACAGAGAGAAUUUCUACAGGUUCAUCAGGUACAUCAUCUACUGAUAUGACCAGAGCAACUCUGACUACCCCCUUAGGAACAAUUGCGACGCAGUCCACUGCAGCUCCCGUGUCUAAUGAAGUGCUAACAAAUGGCACCUCCAGGCCUUCUGCUACUACGGACACUAAUGACAUAUCUAUAGCCCCUUCCACAAUUACUAGUGUGGACACCACAAAAACACCGUCUCCUGCUUCCAGCACACCGCUAUCCUUAUCGUCUACAGCUUCUUCUACAGAGAGAAUUUCUACAGGUUCAUCAGGUACAUCAUCUACUGAUAUGACCAGAGCCGCCUGCUACUACGGACGCUAA